AUGGCUUUUAACAUUGUUGCCAAGAAGAGAGGAAUUUCAUUCUGUUUUCGUCUUCGUCUUCAUCUUCAUCUUCAUCUUCAUCAUCUUCUUCUUCUCUCUUUCCUCUUUGUCGCGAAAUUCGAUCUUGUUUCAGGCCUAAAUUACACAAAGUAUAGGCCAGUGAGUAGCUUGAGGCUUGAAAGAAUUCAAAAACACUUGGAAAAGAUUAACAAGCCUGCUCUCAUGACCAUUGAGAGCCCAGAUGGAGAUAUAAUAGAUUGUGUCCAUAAAAGAAAACAACCAGCUUUAGAUCAUCCUCUUUUGAAAAAUCACAAGAUUCAGAGAGUUCCAGCAGAGAUGCCAAAGGUGAAAAAGUUGAAACAAGAAGAGGCAAGGGAUUCAAGGACUAAUGAGGCAGCAACUAAGGGUGCAUGGCAAAUGUGGCAUAGGAAUGGGACAACAUGUCCGAAGGGAACGGUUCCCAUACGGCGGAGCACAUUGCAUGAUGUUUUGAGAGCCAAGUCUUUGUUUGACUUUGGCAAGAAACAACGCGGAUUGAUCAACCCUACUCGCCGUGCCGAUGCGCCGGACGUCGGCGGCGGCAACGGACACGAACAUGCGAUUGCAUAUACUGGAACAUCCCAAGAGGUCUUUGGGGCAAAGGCAACUAUAAACGUGUGGGACCCAUCAGUCCAAGAGGUCAACGAGUUCAGCCUAUCACAGAUUUGGAUUCUUUCGGGAUCAUUCGACGGCCCUGAUCUCAACAGUAUAGAAGCUGGAUGGCAGGUCAGUCCGGAGCUUUAUGGUGACAGCAGGCCAAGAUUAUUCACAUAUUGGACGGCUGAUUCCUAUCAAGCAACUGGAUGCUACAACCUUCUAUGUUCAGGCUUUGUCCAAACAAAUAGUAGAAUUGCCAUUGGGGCUGCCAUUUCUCCUGUCUCACAAUAUGCUGCAAAUCAAUAUGACAUUACCAUCCUUAUUUGGAAGGAUCCGAAGCAAGGAAAUUGGUGGAUGGGAUUUGGUGACAAUACCCUUGUAGGUUAUUGGCCAGCUGAGCUAUUUACUCACCUAGCAGACCAUGCCACCAUGGUAGAAUGGGGUGGUGAGGUGGUGAACUCAAGGGCCAACGGCAAGCAUACGUCAACGCAGAUGGGCUCCGGUCACUUCGCCGAAGACGGUUUCAGAAAAUCAAGCUAUUUUCGGAACCUGGAGGUUGUUGAUGCCGAUAAUAGCUUGAGUUCCGUCCAUGACAUAUCAACCCUAGCUGAGAAUACAAAUUGUUACAAUAUCAAGAGCUCCUACGACAAUGAAUGGGGCACAUAUUUCUACUAUGGAGGGCCGGGGAACAAUCCACAGUGUCCUUGAUCAUCAUCUCCUUCGUUGUUAUCAUCAUUAUCAUCAUCAAGAUUAUCGCAAGAUAUAGUUUCUAAGAUUUUAUAAAAAAAUUCUACUGCCAAAAUUCUUUAAUUGUGUAAUUAUCGAAUUAUGUUAUUUCCACACUUGUUUUGGCUAAUUUUGCAUUUUUUGUUGUUUUUCCUUGUGAGG